AAGAGAGAGAUAUAGAGAGAGAAGAUAAAGAAGAAGAUGGAGAUGAUGGCAGGUAAGAGUAAAUUGGCGCCGGCGUGGUUGGAGUGUUUGAUCGGAGAAGAAACGUUCUUCAGAGGAUGUGGGGCUCAUCAGAAUCUGAGGAAGAACGAGAAAAACAUAUUUUGUUUGGAUUGCAAAAUCACCUUCUGUUCUCACUGUCUUUCUUCUCAUCCCAAUUCUCAUCCUCUUCUUCAGGUAAGGCGUUAUGUUUAUCAUAAUGUUGUAAGAAUGGAUGAUCUUGAAAAGCUCAUUGCCUGUGCUUAUAUUCAGUCAUAUACAAUUAAUAAUGCAAAGGUAAUUUUCUUGAAUGAAAGACCUCAAUCAAUUAGGUCUGGUAAAGGUUCUGCCUACAUUUGCUUGACCUGCAAUAGAAUCCUUCAAGAACCAUUCCACUUUUGUUCCCUUUCAUGCAAGGUCAAUUAUAUGGUGCAUCGAGGAGAGGAUUUAUCGAGCAUUAUAUAUCAAUUCAACAAAUCUGACUUCACUUUUUCUCGAUUAACCGAUGAAACUGAGUUGUCACCUGACGAUGAUAUUAAUGAUGAUGAUGAUACUGUCAAAAUCAAACCAUUGAGAAUCAAUGAUCAUUCUGGUAGUAGGAGAAAGGGUGCUCCUCGUAGGUCUCCUCUUUUGUGA